UUCGCAGCAGCACGACAUUAGCCUUCUGUCCCUUUUCCCAAGUAGUAGCCGUGAUGACUCAAAAUGACAACAUUUCGCGCCAUAUUCAAAACAUUCCAGCUUUUUCCCAUAUCACUCACCACUCAAACUGUGAAUUUAUCUGCCACUCUUACAAAGCAAUCAAAAUCCUUCAUGGACAUUGCAGAAAAUUUUAAACGUAGUACCACAUUCUCUGGUAAUUACAUUUCUGUCCUCUGUGAUCACUUAAAGAACCAAAGAUUGCAAGAAGCACGAGCCCUUUUUGAUAAAAUUCCGUUUUCUAAUGUCCGUUUGUUGACAAAAAUGAUUUCUUGCUAUGUAGAAAAUUGUAGACUGGAAGAAGCAUUGAAACUGUUCGAUAAAAUGCCUGAUAAAGACACAGUCCUGUGGAAUUUAAUGAUAAAGGGGUGCAUAGAUUGGGGGAAUUUGGAGAUGGGUUUGAGGCUUUUCAGUGAAAUGCCUGAAAAGAAUGUGGUUUCUUGUACUACAGUGAUGAACGGCUUAUUGAAGUUUGGGAGGGUCGAAGAGGCUAAGAGGUUGUUUGAGGAGAUGCCGGUGAGGGAUAUAGCAGCAUGGAAUGCGAUGAUUCAUGGAUAUUUUGAGAAUGGGAGAGUGGAGGAGGCUUUGACGUUGUUUGAUGGUAUGCCUAAUAGGAAUGUGAUCUCAUGGACUUCAAUAAUUAGUGGGUUAGGUCAACAUGGAAGGAAUUGUGAGGCUUUAUCAAUUUUUUGGAAGAUGGUGGGGUUGGGGAUGAGGCCUACUUCAAGUACUUUUGCAUGUGCAAUAACAGCUUGUGCUAAUAUUGGGGAAUUAUGCCUAGGUAGUCAAGUUCAUGGGCUUGUUAUGAAGCUUGGUUGUGUUUUUGAUGUGUAUGUUAUUGCUUCACUAAUUACUCUUUAUGCAAAUUGCAAAGAGAUGAAUUAUUCUUUUAAGGUUUUUGAUGAGAAGUUGCACAUGAAUGUGGUUACAUGGACAUCUCUUUUGACGGGUUAUAGCGUUAACGGUAAGCAUGGAGAUGCAUUGAAAGUUUUUGGUGAUAUGAUUAGAGUGGGAGUUAUUCCUAACCAAUCUUCCUUCACCAGUGCCUUGAACUCAUGCUGUGAAAUGAAGGCUGUUGCGUGGGGCAAGGAGAUUCAUGGUGCAGCCAUCAAGCUAGGGUUUGAGAGAGACGUCUAUGUGGGAAAUACUCUUGUUCUUUUGUAUACUGCUUGUGGAAAUAUCAGCAAUGGAUUGAGCAAAUUCAAUGAAAUUGCUGAGAAGAAUAUUGUGUCCUGGAACACAAUUAUUGUUGGAUGUGCGCAACACGGAUAUGGCAAGUGGGCACUGACACUCUUCAGCCAAAUGGUAAAAGCAAGAGUUGAUCCAGAUGAUAUCACAUUCACUGGGUUGCUCAAUGCUUGUAGCCACUCUGGUAUGUUACGAGAAGGAAUAUGCUUCUUUGAAUAUCUAUGUCAAUGUACAGCUAUGGAGAAAAAGCUUGAGCACUUUGCAUGCAUGGUGGAUGUCCUUUGCCGAAAUGGGAAGCUUGAUGAAGCAGAGGAGUUGGUGAAAACCAUGCCUAUAGAAGCAAAUUUGUCGAUAUGGCUCGCUUUGCUUAAUGGCUGCAGAAUGCAUUCAAAUUUGGAAGUGGCAGAACGUGCUUGCAGCAACAUUUUAGACAUAGAUCCACGUUGCAGUGCAGCGUAUGUAUUGUUGUCUAACACGUAUGCAUCUGCUGGUAGAUGGGCUGAUGUUUCAAGAAUUAGAAAAAAUAUGAAAAAUAGUGACAGUAUAAAACAACCAGGCUGCAGUUGGGUUACUGAAAAGUGAGCUUGGCAUUCAUUUAUAUACGGGGAUAAGUCCAUCCUUGAUGUAAGAAAAUACACGAAAGCUGGAUUGACUGGUUUUAAGGUCCAGCUUGAGGAACCUUUGUUCACAAUUCAAAGUUAUUGUUUCUUUGAUUGGCUGGAUGAAGUCUUAUAUGACGGUGAAUGAGAGAGAGGUCUAAAGCAACUGAAACUACGGCCCAUGAUUGAGAUUGGUUGAGAAUCAUCAGCAGCAACUUUCCAUUGCAUGACAGAGAGAACUGUUAAAAAAUGAGGACUAAAUACAAGGGUUGGCAUCUCCUAUGUUCUUUCAUGUUGCUACAGAAAAAAUGUUUCCAUAAUUCUGAUCUCAAGUGGGCAAUUGUAGGCAUGGCAUGAUUUCUUUUCUCACCUGCAUCAAAUUAGGGCUUCAGUUGACAGAUCAGAGAGAUCUUUUGAUUGAAAAAGCCUCCUAUACUUGAAAAGGGCGUUAGAAAUGUCACACAAUUGACAACAAAAAUGAUGAGGAUUAAACAAAUGAUAAGGAGACCAGAAAAUCUUGGAGUGAUAAGCUUGUUAAAUUCAAAUUAAAAGAUAAAUGCAAGUUGUUAAUUUGUUAUUUGAUGUUUGUAUAGACAUUAGUUACAAAAUAGUGGAGAGUUGUUACCAUUAUUUUAUUAUAAAUAGGAAUAAAUAUGUGCUAGGUGCUUAGGGCCUAUUAUCAUCAUUCAAUAAUGUUAUAA